GUCAAACGUUCUGUUCAUCCUCACUCAAGUCGCCGAUUCCAUUCUUGACAAGAUCACGCCUUGACACCUUUGACCUCUCAAGAGAAGCCGCUGCUCACGCUGGGGCCAGCCCGACCGCGACUAUCUUCCUUACCGGCCGCAGACGACCCCUUUCACCACAGCAGAAACGUCAAAUGCGACCAUGGUCGAGUGCCCGGCUUGUGGCAAGCCUGUGCAGCCGGUCAAGAUCAACGACCACCUCGACUCAGGCUGCCAGACCUUCAUAAUUGAUCCUUCCGCCCCGUCGCCGACACCGACUCAGACCCAGAGCAACGGCCUCGUGGCAGCCUCUCAGAAACGCCCCGCGUCGUCGUUUUUUCAGACGCCCUCAGCCAAGAGACAUGCAGCACCCACAAACGGAACGGGCGGCGGAAACGGCAUCCUGUCGCCGGCCGUGAAGCACAGCACACCGAGUGGCACCGCCGGCGCGAAGUCAACACUGGGCACAAAGCGAUCCUUUGACGAAGGGCCUGGUGCGAUCGAGGACUCUCCCAUGCCUGAUGCCAGUGGCCUCCAUUCAAAUCGGGGUCCGGCUGACACUGGUAGCCCGCCACCGACAGGCCGGAGCACGAAAAAGACGAAGACGAACAAAUCCGCCCCUCUCGCCGAGCGUAUGCGGCCCCACAACUUUGACGAUGUGUUUGGGCAGGAGCUUGUCGGACCAAACGGAGUGCUGCGGUCGCUGAUCGAGACGGACCGCGUGCCCUCGAUGAUAUUAUGGGGAGGCUCGGGGACUGGCAAGACGACGAUCGCAAGGUGUAUAGCGCACAUGUCUGGAGCGAGGUUUAUCGAGAUGAACGCAACGAGCUCGGGAGUAAACGAGUGCAAGAAGUUGUUCAACGAGGCGGCCAACGAGCAAAGCCUGACGGGGAGGAAGACAAUAAUAUUCUGCGACGAGAUACAUCGUUUCAACAAGGCGCAGCAGGACGUGUUUCUGAAGCCCGUGGAAGCGGGCACGAUAACACUUAUCGGUGCGACGACGGAGAACCCAAGUUUCAAGGUCGUCAGCGCGUUGCUGUCGCGGUGCCGGACCUUUACGCUGCAGAAACUCACGGUCGAGGAUGUCAAGCGAAUAUUGCUUCGGGCGCUGGACGAGGAGAUAUCGACGAGCGGCUUGCAGCCGUCGCCGCUGCUAGACGAGGAGCUGAUUACAUACCUCUGCAACUUUGCAGAUGGCGACGCAAGGACAGCACUGAACCUGCUUGAGCUUGCUCUAUCACUCGCAUAUCAACCAAACAUGACAAAGGCCGACAUCAAGUCGAGUCUGACAAAGACGCUAGUCUACGAUAGGGCCGGCGACCAGCAUUACGAUACUAUUUCCGCAUUCCAUAAGUCCGUGCGGGGUUCCGACCCUGACGCGGCACUCUACUACCUCGCCCGGAUGCUUCAGUCCGGCGAGGACCCUCUAUUUGUCGCCCGGCGCAUGGUUGUCAUCGCCUCCGAGGACGUCGGCCUCGCAGACUCCUCCCUCCUGACACUGGCGACCUCGACGUACACGGCGACCCAGCAGAUCGGCAUGCCCGAGGCGCGAAUACCGCUCGCGCACUGCGCGGUCGCGCUCUGCCUGGCCCCCAAGAGCACACGCGCGUACCGAGGUCUGAGCAACGCCAUGGCGGCGCUGCGGGAGCCCGGGGUCGCUGGCCUCCCCGUCCCGAUACACCUGCGCAACGCGCCGACGCGGCUCAUGCGGGAGCUGGGCUACGGCAAGGAGUACAAGUACAACCCCAAUUACGUGGACGGGCGGGUCAAGCAGGACUACCUGCCUGAUGCCCUCCUCGGCAGGCGCUUCCUUGAGGAUAGAGAUCUUGGGACCGAGGUCGACCCGGAGCUGGAGGCCGUGCCUGGUGGCGUUGAAGGGCAGGCUGAAGGUUACCAGGAAGGUGCCAUGCAAAGUUCUGAGUAUGUAUGAAAGUUUGUGAAAGAGGAGGGCAUUGUAUAAAUUUGUGUCUGAAAUAUUGUGGGAGGUUGGAAUUGGAAUCAUCAGUCAGCGUUCUCGCGUGCUUGAUCACGCCCUUGCAUAGAUGCAAAUGCGGACCUGUCAUUCUGAAGUCGCUGAUCUUUGUUGGAUGACUGGGAUUUGAGAUAGGUGAGGAGCGCGGCCGGCCAAAUGCUGGAUUCUCCCGGGUGCCUAGUAAGCUCUGGAUAUCGCAAUGCUAUGAACUUAGGGACCCUACUACAGCUAGUUGAGUUGUAUCCUCCUCAGCCGGCCGUGGAAUGACAUGCACACACAUUAGAUAUUCAGAGGGAAUUCUAGAAUCUUGC